AGUAGAGGAUUUUUCUUUUCACAAUUCUCGAUGAAAUGUGUAUUCACACUUUGCUUUCCCGUAUAUAUCCGUUAUUGGUUUUUUCUUUCCGUAAGCUAAAAUCUUUCUCGCACGCCACAUAAACUCCAAGCCACGUAGAUACAUUUAGUGACGUAUUCGGUUUGUCUUAUUUUCCGAGUAAGCGUAUUCAAUAUAUAUAUAUACACGUCUCUUCUCGCAUCUAGAGCAUGAGAAGCUUAGAAAAAGAUAUCAUCAAUCUUUGUUAUUUCUCACUCUCUUCUUAUUUUGUACCUAGCUCGUCACUUUGUUUUGAUCCCUAAAUGGAAAACGAGGGCAAGAACAAUAUGAAUGGGAUGGAGAUGGAGAAAGGAAAGAGAGAGAGUAGGUCGAGAAAAGGAGUUGAGUUAACGAUGAGAGUGUUGGCUUUGGUCCUAACAAUGGCGGCUGCAACAGUACUUGGUGUCGCAAAGCAAACAAAGGUUGUGUCUAUUAAGCUUAUUCCCGCUUUGCCUCCUCUUGAUAUCACUACAACCGCCAAAGCCUCUUACUUGUCGGCCUUUGUGUACAACAUUUCUGCAAACGCGAUAGCUUGCGGUUACACAGCUAUCUCGAUAGCGAUUCUGAUGAUCAGUAGGGGAAGAAGAAGCAAAAAGUUGUUAAUGGCGGUUUUGCUAGGAGAUCUAGUGAUGGUGGCUUUGCUGUUUUCGGGCACCGGAGCCGCCAGCGCAAUUGGGCUAAUGGGUUUGCAAGGGAACAAGCAUGUUAUGUGGAAUAAAGUUUGUGGCGUUUUUGGAAAAUUCUGUCACCGAGCUGCUCCUUCGCUUCCUCUCACUUUUCUUGCUGCAGUUGUGUUUAUGUUUCUUGUUGUUCUUGAUGCUAUUAAGCUUCCCUAGUUUACUUUUUUUCUGCUUCUUGUCGUUUCGUGUGAUGUAAAAAUAAAAUCAUUAUCAACAAUCAUGUAAUUGUCUAUUGCUUCUAAUGUUUUAGCAAAUCGUUUUCUAUGGUGGAGACCAUGUAUUCAAA